UUGUAUGAUUGUCCCACGGCUCCUGCCGUAGCCACUUGAGUGCAAUGUUUUGAAGAUGACUGGCAAUAAAAGCAGGUGUCAAAACUCCAUUAGUCAGGUGCUGCUGACUCUUCUUAUCCUCUGCUGUCUUCUGCAGUGUCACUCCAGGCCUCACAGUUAUGACAGUAAAUCGCUGGCAGAAAUAUCCAGAGAAGUUUCUAAAUACUCUGACAUCGCUCAACAAAUCAUAAACCUAGCAGUAUAUGGAAAAGCUCAGAACCGUUCCUAUGAGAGGCUGGCUGAGUUCACUGACACUAUUGGAAACAGAGUCAGUGGCUCUAAGAACCUAGACCUGGCUAUUAAGUACAUGUACAAUGCCCUUAACCAGGACGGACUAGAGAAUGUGCAUCUAGAGCUAGUGAAGAUCCCUCACUGGGUGCGGGGGGAGGAGAGCGCGGUAAUGCUUCUACCGAGAAACCACACUUUAGCCAUACUUGGGCUUGGGAGUAGUGUAGGAACUCCUCCAGGAGGUAUAGAGGCAGAAGUAAUGGUGGUGGAGUCUUUUGAAGAGCUGAAAAAGAGAGCGAGUGAAGCUAAAGGGAAAAUCGUUGUGUAUAACCAGCCGUUUGUCAGCUAUGGGGAGACCGUAGCCUAUCGGGCUUCAGGGGCCUCAGAAGCUGCUAAAGUCGGAGCCGUGGCUUCACUUAUCCGUUCAGUAACUCCCUUCUCCAUCAACAGCCCCCAUACUGGCUGGCAGUGGUACCAGCCUGGAGUGCCUCAGAUCCCCACUGCCUGCAUCACUAUCGAGGAUGCCCAGAUGAUGGCCAGGAUGGCCCGCAGAGGCCAGAGGAUUGUGGUGCGUCUGACUAUGGGGGCUCAAACAUUGCCAGAUGUUGACUCAUACAACACUGUGGCUGAAAUCAGAGGCAGCGAGCAUCCUGAACAGGUGGUUCUGCUCAGUGGUCACCUGGACAGCUGGGAUGUAGGCCAGGGCGCUAUGGAUGAUGGAGGUGGGGCCGCGAUUUCCUGGGAAGCACUUUCUUUGAUCAGAGACUUAGGGCUGCGUCCCAAAAGAACUCUGAGGACGGUGCUGUGGUCCGCAGAGGAGCCAGGCGGGGUUGGAGCAGCUCAGUACUUCCAACAGCACAAAGGAAACAUCUCGAACUUUGACCUGGUAAUGGAAUCUGACCUGGGCACCUUCAGUCCUCUGGGACUGCAGUUCACUGGCAGUGACAAAGCUCGGGCAAUCAUGAAGGAGGUGAUGAAACUGUUGGCUCCCAUCAAUGUCACGUCGCUUGAAAAACAUGGAGAGGGAACAGACAUUAACAUGUGGAUGAAGGCUGGGGUUCCAGGCGCCAGCCUGCACACCGCAGACCAGAGGUACUUCUGGUUCCACCACAGCGACGGUGACACAAUGACUGUCCAAAACCCAGAGGAGAUGAAUCUGUGUUCCGCUGUUUGGGCUGUGGUGGCCUACGUGGUCGCUGACCUGGAGGAAAUGCUCCCUAGAUAAAUCUAAAGCUGAAGCUGCUUUCCACAGACUGUCUGUUUCAUUCAGCUGGUCUCCUUCUGGGCUGAUGAGUGGGUGGCACGCUGUGGAUUUUCCACUUCUGUUGUUGAUGCUGCAGAUCCUAUCAGUCUCUGGAACGGGUCACAUUAUUCCAGUGUUUCAUUGAACAAAAAUGCAUAAAUAUUUAUGGUGUGUUUCUUGCAAAUCCCUUAAUAUCCAAAUAUGGCAAAUCAUGUAUUCAUCAUAGUUUCAUAUCGCAUCAUCACUUCUGUAUGACUAAAAAGUUCUGUGUGCCAACAUUAACCAAUUUCCCCACAGGGUUUUUUUUUUCCCUCUCGCUGAAGACAUACUUCAGGACCCUUUGAAACAACUAAUGAAAAAAAAUGUCAUUAGAAUAAAGUAUCAUAGGGCUUUGUGUAGCUUUUCAAUAAUAAGACUAAAGAUGUUUUUUUUUAUUAGUCCAUGCUGUGGUCUUCGCUCAUACCAUGUCACGAUCUACACAACUGGGUAGAAGGAUUCUCUUUUCAUUUCUAAACAAUUCAUGCAUGGGAUGCAGUUUACAUUUGAUUGACUUCGAUCUAUAGCAUCUGUCCUGUUUCCUUCCAUGUGGAAUGGCUAUAUAGAUAAACACGGCUGAAUUGGAUCAAGCUGGAGGCAGGUGAAUUAUGGCCCUGUCACCAUGUUGCUUGAGUUUUUCGGAAACAUCUCCUCGUGUUACCCUCCAUUCCCUUCAACCGCCUGUCAGUUUCAUGCAAAUAAUCUCUCAGACCUUUCACGGAAGGCUUUUUAUAUGUAAAUCUACUCUGAAUCAUCUGCUUUUCUCUUUGUAAACAUGUUUUAUUUGUUGGUUCAUCAGUUCAUAGGAUCCCUAUACAGAAUCAUCUCAUUAUGCGGAAGUGUGAAACACAGCAUACUGUGGUUAUUUAAGAUAUGUUAUAUGGACUUUUGAGGGAACGGAUUUCCGUGACGGAGUGAAUAGGAACAGCGUUUGAUUUUAAUGCAGUUUAUGGCGACAUCUAGUGAAUGAGUUAGUAAACAACAUGUUCUUGAAAAAGAAUGGACCUAAAAGAGUGGGUUAGCCUACAUUCUCCCAGAAAUAGUGUGUAAAAGUGUAAAUAAAUUACAUUAAUAGGCUUCUAAAUAAAUGAUGAAUUUUUGUCUUCGUCUUCA